AUGUAUCAACCGCGAGUUUUUUGUGUUAAACUUCAACUUCAUUUUGGUGGUGAUAUACAUGAAAUAUCAGUGCCAGCAUAUAAUGGUGCCGAACCAACUGUGACAGAUUUAAUGAAUGUUGUUGAACGUGAUUUUCGUGUACCACGAGCAUUACAAAAUCUUGUCUUUCAUGGACAAGAAUUACAUCCAUAUCCUAAUGAACCAUUAAGUCGUUUUGGUAUUAAAAAUUUAGGUACUAUUCGAUUGGUUGGUCGAAUGGCUCCACCAGAUAUGAUUCAACAAAUCAAUACACAAUACAGUGUUAAUUCAUAUCAACAAUCAAAUACUAAUGCAACAUAUUAUACUUGUGAACAAAAUUCUCCGAAUUAUUACGAACGAUUUCAACAUGAAUUGAAACCUUCUAUUGGUACUCAAUAUGAUCCACCUCAACAAACACCAGUCAGUAUAGAACAACCUCCUCCAACACCUAAUAAAGGACAACUAUCUGAACGAUCAAAUGGUGAAGAACAAAAUCCACCAGCUACACCUAAUUCAUCAAAGACAAAAUAA